AUGCGCGGAGGUGGACCGGGGCUCGGACGCGGACCGGAGCGCGCCGGAGUGGUGCCGGGUGAAGGAGAGCAAAGGCGACCCCGGCGGAGAGGUGUCUCAAGUGGCCGCCUCGCUGCAGACUCCCCGUUUAUCUACCGCUUCGUGCCCUGCCUGCCCGCUGCCACUGCCCGAGCCUCUAACAGCUACCGGCAGCCUAAUUCCCACACACCUACCGCGCCCACCCACGCCGCUUGUCCACCCACACAAAGGCUGCCCGCCGCCCGCCCGCCCACCUACUACUCACAUGGAGGCCGCAGCGACUCCAGGAUGCUGCUGUGGCUGCAGGCCACGCUGACUGCGCUGGCCGUCGGUCUCGCGGCUGGUCUUCUGGAAGCAUCGGAUUAUGGGGCAAAUAUCAAGAACGGACAAGAACUACUGAGACAGCAGGCAUUUUCGGGUGUGUUGAGUUAA